CUUCACUAUCGUGUCGACUUGCAUAGAACACGUCGUUGACCAAUCCUCCAUGUCUAAAAAUUGGCAAUGAACUUGUCAAAAUGUUUCUCAUUUGAUUUUUCCUUUAUAUAUAAUAUAAUAGUUACCGAUGAUUUAUGACUCUGGCGAAGCUAGUUACCUCUCAUUCGAUUCAUCAUGGCUCCAGCUCCACGGAAGAACGCGCAAUCGACGCCGGCGGAGAUAUCCCUGGUCCAUCUCAAGAAUUGUCUUGUGAAUCUUCCUACGUCCUUGGUCAAUCUUCUUGUAAACAUCAAUACUCCUGCCCAAAAUGUCAUUGUCGAGCUCAAUUACCGAAUUCCUUUGCCCGCGAAUGGUUCCCCUCAAACCAAUGGCUCACCGUCCUCACAACGGUCGAUAUAUGUCGGGUGGACAGGAAUGCCUAGCAAGCGGAAGAUAGCUCCUAUAGUAGAUCGCGAUGGUAUUAGUGGUACACGCGGCAGUGGCAGAGACCAGGAGGUGGCAUCUGUUGAGAUUGACGCCACCUUAGCUGCCACUCUCGGUCUGUCAGAUGGCCAAAAGGUCACCACCAUAAUACACGUUGAUCCCCCUCUAGCCCAUACGGUUAAUAUCGAGCCUCUGACGCCCGAGGACUGGGAGAUGAUCGAGCUGCAUGCGACAUUCCUAGAAUUAAACCUGUUGUCACAAAUCCGCGCCCUGCCGAAUCCCGUGUAUACCGCCGUCCCUGGCCAGCCUCCUAGUUCGCAUCCGUUAACUCUCCACCUCUCGCCCACGUCCACGGCAAAUAUAAAGAUUCUGUCCCUUGAUCCAGCCCCUUCGGCAGACGUACCAUUUGUGAAGAUUGCCCCCGAUGCUGAAGUUAUCGUCGCACCUAAGACCCGAUCCAAGCCGAGCAAAAGCGGCCGUGAAGACCGUAGUGUGGGUGGUACGUCUAGGAGAAGCGGAAAGAGCUCGGCGAGUACGGUGCGUAAGAAGGGCGCAAAGGAAGAAAAGAAGCCAGCUCUAUUUUUGCGGGGGGUGGAUCGCCAAUUCUGCGAUGAAUGGUUCGAUGAAGGACCAGUGCUGCAGGACUUAAGUGUAUGGGUUGAUCGAGAUCUUCUACUCUCAAAAGAUUUCAGAGGAGUCAGCUGGGUUGCUAUUAAUAUCGUUAAGCCAGCCGGGCUUCAACCUCCGAUCGACCCUCAAAAACAGCAAGAAAAUGCUGCCAGCGGCGAAGCCGUAAAGGCUACUGAGAAAGUCGUUGCUCAGCUACGUCCGUGGGAUGACCCCCCAACUACCCAAACUGCAGCUCUUUCGAGUCCCUUGUGUGCAGUUCUUGGCUGUUCUGGAAUUGUUGGAGGAAUAGCAAAGAUUGAGCCAGCUCCUGCGCCAUUAUCACGUAGUGUGGUAAAAAGUCUUAAAGUGUCUCCGUUCCAGGCCGACAGUUGGAAAUCCCCGGAUGGCUUAAAAUUUGGAGGGGAAUCGAAAGCUGAGAAGGAAGAGAUAGCUAAAAGGAUAUCCCAUAUUUAUGGCCAAAAAGGCAAGGACAGUGGCCUCUUACGUGGACCCUUGACUGAUGGAAUGGUACUUCCCGUAUAUGACAGUCUCGAACUAUCCCAAGGUUGGGAGGGCGGCCUCGUAAAACUCGAGACCUCGAAUUUAGAUGCCAAGGAACAGUUGAUCUGGUAUCUCGGGUCCGAAAAAUCUAUAUCGAUCGAUGUCCAGGCACCAGUUGCUCGCCCAACUUGGCUAGCUGAGAACGAUGCGGGUGAAUCCCUGCCCCCAAGUGACUCGGUCCUUGUCGGGAUUGAUUCGCUUUUAGCUGAUUUAAAGUCGCAUCUUUCGCACAUGUCAUCCGUUCUGCUAACCGGCGGCUUAGGUGCUGGUAAGACAGCCGUCGUACAGUCGUUAGCUCAGACCUUACGAGAAGACUUUCUGUUUCACACGACCUAUUUCCCAUGUCGGAAGCUAGUCAACGAUGAGAGUCGGAUUUCCACUAUCAAGGAGACGCUGAAUAGAGUUUUCAUGAGUGCAAGUUGGGGCGCAAGGCUUGGUGGGAAAGCACUUGUUAUACUUGAUGACCUGGACAAGUUGUGUCCCGUGGAAACCGAGUUACAAGUCGGAAACGAUAAUAGCCGGAGCCGCCAGGUGAGCGAAACCAUUAGCUCAAUCGUACGUCAAUACUGCGAGCGCGAUAGGGGAGUCGUUCUCCUUGCAACUGCCCAAGGCAAAGAGUCGCUGAAUAACGUGAUCAUUGGAGGUCACGUCGUUCGGGAAAUUGUGGAUUUGAAGGCCCCAGAUAAAGAAGCACGGAGAAGAGUCUUAGAAACCAUUGUCAAACAACAGACUGUCUCCCCAGAAACGUGGCAGGCACCCGCCUCGCUUGGUAGUCGUCCUCCCACAGCCAACGGGAGCGUUGAUGGUGACGAUGCCGGCGCGUGGAUGGAUGGAGCAGAUCAACGCAGCAGCGGCAACUCCGUUUCUGCAAGCGUGAAACCGGAUGGAUUCCUUUUGGAUCCCGAGCUCGACUUCCUCGACCUUGCCGGUGAGACUGAUGGCUACAUGCCUGGCGACCUUUUACUUCUCGUGUCCCGAGCUCGUAACGAAGCUCUAAUCCGAUCUGUUUCCGAGGUGCCUUCUAAAGACUCAUUAGAUAUUAUUCAACUUGGCCGCGCAGACUUCGAUAGCGCCCUUAAGGGAUUUACGCCAGCAUCGCUCCGAAAUGUCUCGCUACAGACGUCUACAACUACAUUUGACUCGAUUGGCGGCCUCAAGGAAACGCGGCAGAUCUUACUUGAGACGCUGCAAUACCCUACGAAGUAUGCGCCGAUAUUCGCGCAAUGCCCUUUAAGGCUACGUUCUGGUCUGCUGCUAUACGGAUUUCCCGGCUGUGGAAAGACCCUUCUGGCAAGCGCAGUGGCUGGCGAAUGCGGCCUCAACUUCAUCUCUGUGAAAGGGCCUGAAAUAUUGAACAAGUACAUUGGUGCUAGUGAGAAGAGUGUUCGUGAUCUCUUCGAACGCGCUUCAGCUGCGAAACCUUGUGUAUUGUUUUUCGACGAGUUUGAUUCAAUUGCACCAAAACGAGGACACGACUCAACAGGCGUAACGGACCGUGUGGUCAAUCAGCUCUUGACACAAAUGGACGGAGCCGAGGGUCUUUCCGGAGUUUAUGUCCUAGCUGCAACAUCUCGACCGGAUUUGAUUGAUCCUGCCUUGCUUCGUCCGGGGCGUUUAGAUAAAAGUUUGUUAUGCGGGUUUCCGGACAUAGAGGAUCGUAUCGACAUUUUACAAGCUCUAAGCAAGAAAGUGAAGAUGAGCGAUGAAUUAUUAUCAUCACAGGAAGGCCUUCUCGAACUCGCGAAGCGCACCGAGGGCUAUUCCGGCGCUGAUUUGCAGGCGCUCAUGUCAAACGCUCAGUUAGAGGCUAUUCAUGAUGUCCUCAACGACAUCGAGUUGCAGCCCUCGGGCGAUAAGCGUGGUGCUACUAACACCCGGGCUAAGGCCGAUGCAGUCUCACGGGGUCGGAAUUUCGUACAGUUUCGCUACGGGGUAGAAGCUGCCUUAGCUGAGGCCGAAGCCCGGGCAAAGAAGGGGUACAAUAAAUCCACUCAACUGGCUGAAAAUGCCGCUAUUGCAGCUAAAUUGGCUGAAAUCAAGACCGCAAGGAAGCAAACGAAGCUAGGACACAAGGGAGCAAAUCAUGCCGCGGGCGAUAACAAUGAAAAGGGGAAGGAAACAAGUAAUACAGAAGUUCUAAUUGGUUGGAAACACAUGGUCAAGGCACUAGAGGCUACUAGAGCCAGCAUCAGUCCCCAAGAGAGAAACCGCCUUGAGCGAAUAUAUAGAGAAUUUGUUGUCGGGCGCAGUGGAGAUAUGCACGAUGGACAAGGAAGCAUGGAAAUCGGCGGUCGGAGCAGCCUUAUGUAGAUCCUAGCAUUUCAAUGAGGUUGUAGCAUACCAAAAGUUUUAAUCUACUCCCUAGGUGCCCAGGUGCGCCACCUACGUAAUCUACUAAUCAACACUAUUACGUUGGA